AUGUCCAACACGACAUCCCCCCCACCGGGGCUCCCGCCCCAAGCCCAAGCGUUCAACCCGCUCAACCAGAGCGCCUUCCUCCUCUACGCGGACGGCACCAACCCAAUCCCUUCCAACACUUACAGCGUCACGGAGAUUUACCUGCAGGCAACCUCGCUGUCCAUCCUGUACGGGUCGCAGAUCGGCGCCUGCUUCAUGAUGCUAGCCGUGGUUCUGGGCAUGACACCCCGCCCACGGUUCCGGCGGCUGCCGACGCUGAUCAGCGUGGCGGCGCUGGCGCUCAACACGGCGCGCAUGGUGCUACUCGCCGUAUUCUUCACCACAUCCUGGGUCGACCUAUACGUCAUCGUGUCGCAGGGCGCCUCGGUCGUGCCGCGCUCUGACUUCAGCCUCAGCGCCGCCGCCACCGUGCUCAGCGUGCCAGUGACUGUGCUCAUCCUCGCUGCGUUGACGGUGCAGGCUUGGUCCAUGCUGCGGUUGUGGUGUCCCAUGUACAAGAUCCCUGCUAGGGUGUUGUCGCUGGUGCUAGUGCUGCUGACGCUCGCGUUCAACAUUACGACCACGGUGAUCCAGGCGCGGGCGAUUCUGUACGCCGACAUCAGCCAGAUCGCCGACUGGGUGCGCCAGGCCUACCUGGGGCUGAUCACGGCCUCCAUCUACUCGUUCUACUUCCUCUUCAACAUCCGCCUCGUCAUGCACAUGUGGGUAAUCUUCGCUGCCCUCGAAUUCAUCCAAUUCGACCGUUUCGAACCCGGCUCCAUCACCCAAACCUCCGUGAUCAUCGUGCUCCCGCUCGGCACCCUCGUCGUCCAACGCCUCGCCAACCCAGCCUGGUUCGGCACCGCCGCCCACACCGACUCCACCUCCUCCUCCGCCGCGGGCGGCGGCGGCGGUUCCGCCUCGGCCAACACCACCGGCACGGGACGCGGCAGCGUGCUCUCGCGCGGCGGCCUGUCGGGCGUCACGGCCACGAGCGUCACUAGUGCUAGUAGGCGGCCGUUGUUGACCAGUGUGAGGAGUAAUAGCCGCAAUGCAAUCUGA